CCGCCUCUGAUCUUUCCAUCUGCACAGUUCCGCAUCGAAUCAACGCGUCUCAAAUCCAUCUCAAGCCAAUUAUCGACUUCUCCUUCAAUCGGAUCUAAUAUCUACCAGUACCCUCGCAAUAUAACAAACCGCUUUUUAGCCCUUUUAAACCCCCAUCAAUCGCAAUGGCACCCAAGAAGGACACCACCGCCACCACCACCAAGGCCAAGAGCAACCAUGCUUCUUACCAAGAUAUGAUCACAUACGGCAUCACAACUCUUAAGGAGCGCAAUGGUACCAGCCGCCAAGCCCUGAAGAAGUUCGUCAAGGCCAACAACGCCAUCAAUGUUACUGACAACAUGUUCGACUCUCUGUUCAACAAGGCCUUGAAGGCUGGUGUUGAGAAGGGUGUCUUUGAGCAACCUAAGGGUCCUUCCGGCCCUGUCAAGCUGUCCAAGAAGUCCAAGGACGCCAAGCCUGCCGCUGCCAAGGAUGGUGAGAAGCCUGCUGCUAAGAAGGCUGCCGCACCCAAGAAGGAGGGUGCUGCUACCACCAAGAAGGCUGCCCCUAAGAAGACCGCCACCAAGAAGGAAACCGAGGAGAAGAAGCCUGCCGUCAAGAAGGCUGCUGCCCCCAAGAAGGCCGCUGCUCCUAAGAAGGCUGCUGCUGCUAAGAAGGAGGAGAAGCCCGCCGCCGCCGCCGCAAGCAAGACGAAGACCGGUCGUGUAACUAAGGCCAAGGCGCCCGCAACCAAGGCCAAGGCACCGGCGAAGAAGGCCGCUCCCAAGAAGGCAGCAGCACCAAAGAAGGAGGCAGCCAAGGCCGAGGCAUAGGCAUGAGCUGUUUUCUGAUUUGAUGUUUGUGCUUUUGCGUUAUCUGGAUUGGCAGUUUAUUGGCGUUCAUGGAAAGGGUACACAGAUGCGUCUUGUGUGUAUUGUUCAAGCGGAAGGUCUAGGUCAUUGUUCUGGUUUCUGUUUUUGUAGGAAGGCAAGGUUUAAAGGCCAAGUCAGGCGAUUCAGUGACGCCUCGGGAGGUACAGCGCGCGUUUGGGCGGCGGCUUGUUACACGAUCUGGUGUGCCAGAUGUUGUACAUAUCGAUGGUCGAGGUGUACGCCUGUUUUGCUAAGGAUGGCUAGGGAUCAUUGACGAUGUGACGAGAUAACCUCUGUAAUUAUACCAAUGGGAGGCUUUAAAAUGUUCUAAA